AUGUGGCAGGCGCAAAUUUGUAUCUGUGCUAUACUGCUGGCAGCAUGGACGCGCGGCGCAUCCGUGCCCGGGCCAUCGGCACAGGCCAGCCUGCCGCCCAGGGCUGACGACGCGUGGUCGGUGUUGGACCAGGUGUUGGCGCCCACCACUCUGGAAGCCUUUUUGAGACACGAUUAUCGCCGCAAUCUGCGGCAUGUGCGGGCCACCAGCUCGCGCAAUCUCUCAUCGCUCGACCCUUGGAUUGAGCGCCUUUGCAAUGUUGACGCGUUCAUGGGUGAAACCUUUUCACAGCUACGCGCUGUUCCCGGUGCCGUUCAGUAUAAGACUGCGACUGGUUCCGAUCGACCUCUCCCCCCAACGCCCACAUGGACUGAGGAGGCGCCUCGCUUUUACGCCAGCGGUGAAUCCAUGGUCCUGCGUCGAGAAGCAACGACCGCCCCGCUAUCUGACCUCGAGCUUGCACUCCAAACUGUCUUUCACACGACUCACUCCACGGUCCAUGCCUACAUUUCGUCGGGCGGCGCUCAGGCGCUCCCUUAUCACACCGACAGCUACGAUGUGAUAGUCCUUCAAGUUUCUGGGGUCAAAAAGUGGACCAUUUGCCAGCCUCCAUCCCUUGAAACAGCAUGGCCGAACCCCUCGCCUGCUGACCUGGCCCAACUUUAUGAGCUCCGGCAUGCCAACCCUGACGGCUGCUCGAAUUUCAAUCAUCGCACAAUCGAACAGCUCAACUGUCAAAACCUGACUAUGCUCGCCGGCGACAUGCUGUACCUGCCGAAAUCCAUGAUCCACGUAGCGCACACAAAACCGGGAACCGUCUCCGCCCAUCUCACCUACUCUUUGGACAGAGAAGGAGGCAUGUGGCGAGAUGUCAUAUCACGCGCGUGCUCCACGUGGCGCCUUCCUCUGUGUCCCGAGAUCCUGGGUUCGCUCCAGCGAGCCAAGUCCACAGACGCCGCGCUACCUUGGCUACAGCUUGCCUACGAACCCGUGCGCCCAGGCGCGCCCGUGACCUCCACCCAUUGUUUGCGUCUGUAUUCGAUGGUGUUUGGCAAAGAGUUUUACUCUCUUGCUUCACUGCUGAGCCCACGACCUGGGCUGCUGGGCUACCUUUCGACGCUGCAGCGCAAUUGGCAAUUGGCUAUCCUGGCAGAAUGCCAUGCGGAGCAAGCAGGCUACACCAUGCGUAGUUUUAUUGAGACACCUGAAGCCUCCGUCAGCGAUGUCAGAAUGCGCCGAAACGUUUUCCCAUACAACCCUCCCUGCAACAGCAACGGCGGAUACUGCUUGAAUUGCUAUCAGAGUUCCUGCAACAACGGGUGCUCGGGCAUUGACGCCUGUGAUGGUUAUGUGCGUUUUGUAUGUUUGCCCGACAUCGAGCCUCCCAACCCGCCUCUGCUGACUUUGCGUGUUGGGCGUGUUGCCCAUUAG